AUGGCUUAUAAUUCUGAUGAUGAUGUCUCCUCAUAUGAGGUUGAGGACCCCUCUCGAGAUGAGGUUGUGUCACUGACUACUGUUGUGGCUUCUGUUGGUCCCCUUGUCGCUUCUGCUUUGGCCUCCUUUGGACUUGAGCUUCUUCUCUCGAUGCUCUUGUUUUUCAGCAAUGGUCUUCUCCUGCAUCCCUUCCCACGACUGACAGGACUGGGGGAGUCAAUACCACCUUUGGAGGAGGUUGUUGAUGAUGAUGAUGAUGAGGGAGGGCCUGGAGGUCGGCGAGGGUGGGGGAGAGGGAGAGGGAGGAGAGGUGGUGGUGCAAGCAUAGAUAGAUGUCAGAUUGGUCGAGGUGGAGAGGGUGGAGGAGGUGAUGGUGGCGGUGGGGGAGGCGGUGGUGUUAGAGGGAGAGGUGGAGGAUGGAGGCAGGGUGUAGGCUGA